AUGGAGACUCCAGUCGAAAAGAAGGUUGAAAAGGCAACAAAGCCUUAUGGCAUGCGCAAGAAUGGAAUGCAAUGGCAUGCUCCAAAGAAGGCGUUUCGCCCGACCAAAGGCCUCUCAUCGUAUGAGCAGAGGACUAAGGAGCGGGCUGCAAUGGCGCAGAUGAAGGCAAAGGAAAAGGAGAUGAAGGAGGAGAAGGAGGAAGAGCGCCAGCGACGGAUCCAAGCCAUCAGGGAUAAGCGAGCAAAGAAGGAAGAGAGAGAAAGAUACGAGAAGCUGGCCGAAAAGAUGCACCGCAAGCGAGUGGAGAGAUUGAAGCGCAAGGAGAAGCGAAACAAGCUGUUGAACUCAUGA